AUGGCGGCGGCCCCGCCCGGGACCCCGGCUCAGGUACGGACCGAGCGGCUCGGACGGCCUCGGGCGGGUCCCGGCGGGUCCCGGGGAUUCGGGUUCGCGUCUGCCCUCCGCCCCGGCCCGGCCUCCACGCGGCGCCUCCUGCCCUCCCCCUCUCCUCCGGGCUCGGGGCCACUCAGACAGCUUGCCGGGGUCGAGCCCUGGCGUCCCAGGCGGGCCCGAGUCCCCAGGAGAGGCGCCGGUCGACCCGGGCAGCUGCGUGCAGGCGUUGCGAGCACCGACCCAGACGCCUCUCUCCGGCCUGCAAACGCAUCUAAGCAAACACUGUCACUUCGGCUCUCGCCGGGCGCGCUGCCGGGCUUCCUCCUGGGGCUGGCGAUCUCUGCCGAGCUGGGCAAUGUGACCUUUGAUGAUGUGGCUGUUCACUUCUCCUGGGAGGAGUGGGACCUGCUCGAUGAGGCUCAGAGACACCUGUACUGUGAUGUCAUGCUGGAGAACUUUGUGACCAUCACAUCCCUGGGGUGUUGUCAGGAAGUGGAGGAUGAGGCAGUUCAUUCUGAUCAGUGCAUUCCUGAUCAAGGAUUUCCACCUAUCAGGAAUCUGCAGGCACCUCUGUUUUCUAGGAAAACCCAUCCUUCUGAAUUGUGUGACAUGAUACUGAGAGACAUUUUGCCCUUGGAAGAACCCCAGAGUACAUAUCACAGACAGCAGCUGCACAGCUGUGGGGUGUGUGAGGAACAGUUGUUCAUGUGCUCGAAUCUUCACCAGCAACAGAGGCAGUGCAGUGCUGAGAGGCCCAUUAGGACUGAUGUGGACAGGGCUGCAUUUGUGAAGAAAUGUGGGUACCAUUUGUCAGAGAAGCCAUUUUAUUGCAGGUUGGUCGCACAGACCUCGGAUGGCUCUGAAUUUCUCCAGGAUCAGACCACUUAUGUAAUGGGAUCAAAUGGCGGCAAUGAUUGUGAGGUGCCCUUUCUGAAGGAAAAACUUUUUCACAAAUGGGAAGAAUAUACAAAAGCCUUCAGCGGCCAAAAAGCAUUUGUUUAUUUCCAAAGACUCCUGAGAGAAAAUUGCUUCAUGUGCAAUGAAUGUGGACGCUCCUUUAGCACAAGUGCUGGUCUCAACAAGCAUCAGCGCGCCCAUCCUGGAGAAGGACUGUGCUCAUCAGAGGGAUGCGUACUAUUCCUUUCGAAGACCCCCCUUGUGGGUGCUCGGAGAGAUCACGCCAGAAACAGGCCGUAUGAGUGCGAGGAGUGUGGGAAGUCAUUCACCCGAAGCUCCAACCUGAUCACACAUCAGAGGGUGCAUACUGGCGAGCGCCCUUACGAUUGUGUGGAGUGUGGGAAAUCCUUCAGUCGGAAGUCUAACCUCAUGGUCCAUCAUAGGGUUCACACCAAAGAAAGACCAUAUGAGUGCAAUGAAUGCGGAAAAGCGUUUUGUCAGAGCUCAACUCUCCUACAGCACCGCAGAAUCCACACCGGAGAGAGGCCUUAUGAAUGCGGGGACUGUGGCAAGUCCUUCACACGAUUCUCUGCCCUCCGUCAGCACCAGAGAAUCCACACCGGAACGAGGCCUUUUGCGUGUACCGAAUGUGGGAAGUCGUUUGCUGAAAACUCCAGGCUCAUUAAACACAGGAGAGUUCACACGGGAGAAAGACCUUAUGUGUGCAGUGAAUGUGGCAGGACUUUCUGUCAGAGAUCUUCCCUCCUUCGCCACCAGACGGUUCACACCGGAGAAAGACCUUUUAAGUGUGAGGUCUGUGGGAAAGCCUUUGGGCAGAAGCCCAACCUCAUUCAACACUGGAGUGUGCACAGUACAGAAAGACCUUUUAAAUGUGGGGAGUGUGGGAAAUCCUUUAGGAGGAAGUCUGAACUUAUCGAACAUCGGAAAGUGCACACUGGAGAGAAACCGUACUCGUGCAGAGAAUGCGGAAAAUCCUUUAGCCAGAAGUCCAAUCUCAACAUACACCAGAUAGUUCACACACGGGAAAGACCGUAUGAGUGCAAGGAAUGCGGGAAGUCCUUCAGCCAAAACUCUACGCUUGUCAAACAUCGGAGAAUCCAUACCGGGGAGAGGCCUUAUGAAUGCGGUGAAUGUGGGAAAACCUUUAACCAAAGCUCUGCCCUCCGUCAGCAUCAGAGACUCCACACCGGAUCCAGACCUUACAAGUGUUCUGAGUGUGGGAAAUCAUUUGCUGAAAACUCCAGACUUAUCAAACAUACACGGGUUCACACUGGAGAAAGACCUUACGAGUGCAAUGAAUGUGGGAAAUCCUUCGCUGAUAACUCCAAUUUCAUUCUCCAUCGGCGUGUUCACACCGGAGAGAGGCCUUAUGAAUGCAAGGAAUGUGGGAAAGCGUUUAGCCAAAGCUCAGCACUCCUUCAGCAUCAGAGAGUUCACAGUGGAGAAAGGCCAUAUCAUUGUAAUAAAUGUGGGAAAUCCUUUGCUAAGAACUCCAGUCUCAUUAAGCACAGGACCGUUCACAUGCAACACUCUGGUGUUGCAAAUGUGGGAAGACUUCUACCUACAACUCCAACCCCCUAAGACUUUGUAAUGGUCAUUGUGUGGUAGACCCUUUAAUUAAAACUCUCCUCAUUACAUACUUGAUAA